AUGGCCGAUGCCCCAUCACAGCUGCCAGCAGGCAACCCGCUUCCUUCUGGCGCCGGAUUCCAGAAUGCGGAAAGACAGAACAAUGGAGAAACACCGCAGGACAGGCCUGCUGUCAUGCAGGAUAACACUCCUCUAGAACCGAACUCCACCACUAAGUUGGGUACCAGUGUCCCUCCUGCACCGGCCACAGCUUCAACCAACUCUCGCGGCGUCACACCAUCUGUGGACAACGAGUCUUCUGCCAAUAAACACCACGAUAACCGAGACGUCAUCAUGAGCGGUGGCUAUGAAACAAGAGGCACUUAUCGGGGAAAUGGUGCUACUGGCACGGGCGCCGCAAAUGCUACUCCGCAAUCCCAGGCUACGGGUGCGCCGGCACGGAUAUACAUGAACGAAAAGAUCGUCCCAUAUCUCCUUGAAGGGAUGAAGAUGGUGGCCAAAGACCAACCUACGAACCCGCUGCAGGUGCUAGGGGAAUAUCUUCUACAGAAGAGUAGCGAAAUUGGAGAGACUGCUGGAGAACAGUCGGCUGCCUGA